ACGCAUAAAUAAGACGUCAACGGGCCGGGAGCCUGCCUCGGGGUCUGACGGGAUUGUGGCGGUCCUCUUUCCCAACUCGGAAGCCACCGCUGCCUCCAGACGCUCUCAAGAUGGCGACCUCUCUGGGAUCCAACACCUACAACAGGCAGAACUGGGAGGAUGCGGACUUCCCCAUUCUGUGUCAAACGUGUCUUGGAGAAAACCCAUAUAUCCGAAUGACCAAAGAGAAGUAUGGGAAGGAAUGUAAAAUCUGUGCCAGACCAUUCACAGUGUUUCGUUGGUGCCCCGGGGUCCGCAUGCGUUUCAAGAAAACUGAAGUGUGCCAAACUUGCAGUAAAUUGAAGAAUGUCUGUCAGACCUGCCUCUUGGACCUGGAGUACGGGCUGCCCAUCCAGGUUCGUGAUGCAGGAUUGUCUUUUAAGGAUGACAUGCCAAAGUCAGAUGUCAACAAAGAGUACUACACACAGAAUAUGGAGAGAGAAAUUUCUAACUCUGAUGGAACGCGGCCGGUUGGCAUGUUGGGGAAAGCCACCUCCACCAGUGACAUGUUGCUCAAGCUGGCCCGGACCACACCCUACUACAAGAGGAAUCGACCCCACAUUUGCUCCUUCUGGGUAAAAGGAGAAUGUAAGAGAGGAGAGGAAUGUCCAUACAGACAUGAGAAGCCAACAGAUCCAGAUGACCCCCUUGCUGACCAGAACAUUAAAGACCGAUAUUAUGGUAUCAAUGACCCUGUGGCAGAUAAGCUUCUAAAGCGGGCUUCAACAAUGCCUCGUCUGGACCCACCAGAGGACAAGACUAUCACCACACUGUAUGUUGGUGGUCUGGGUGAUACCAUUACUGAGACUGAUCUAAGAAAUCACUUCUACCAGUUUGGGGAAAUUCGGACGAUCACUGUCGUGCAAAGACAGCAGUGUGCAUUCAUCCAGUUUGCCACGAGGCAGGCUGCAGAGGUGGCUGCAGAGAAGUCAUUUAAUAAGUUGAUUGUCAAUGGCCGUAGACUCAACGUGAAAUGGGGAAGGUCCCAAGCAGCCAGAGGAAAAGAAAAAGAGAAGGAUGGAACCACAGACUCUGGGAUCAAGCUUGAGCCCGUUCCAGGACUGCCAGGAGCUCUUCCUCCUCCUCCUGCAGCAGAAGAAGAAGCCUCUGCCAACUACUUCAACCUCCCCCCGAGUGGUCCUCCAGCUGUGGUGAACAUUGCACUGCCGCCACCCCCUGGUAUUGCCCCGCCCCCACCCCCAGGUUUUGGGCCACACAUGUUCCACCCAAUGGGACCACCCCCGCCUUUCAUGAGGGCUCCAGGACCAAUCCACUAUCCUUCUCAGGACCCUCAGAGGAUGGGCGCUCAUGCCGGCAAACACAGCAGUCCCUAGCACAUUAUCACCACUCCGGGGCUUUACAGAAGAAAGGGCGCUUAAAAAUCCCAGUACAUGAAUCUUGGAAUAAAUAUAUUUUUCCUUCCUUUGUAGUUUCCAUGGUAGCUGAAUGUGUUCAGAUGUGGGCAGUCGGAGAACGACAGCCGUGCUUCCCUACACGUAUUCCAAGGAUUGAUGGACCUCAAAUAAGCUGCCAUUAACACAUCUGGUUACUACUAUAACAUUACUAAUCAAACUUAAUGCCUGUUCUCCUUACUUCUAUGGCGAACAAGCAACUGGGUGAAUUGGAAUGUCUAACGGAGUUACCAUCCCAAUUGUAUGUUCAUUUUGUAUCUUUUUUGGGGGGAAAAAAUUGACCUGCAGUAAAAUCUUUUUGACCAUUUUUAUGUCCAUUGGGUAUUUUUCCUUUUAUCAUCUGCAAAAAGAUUACUAGUACUAAUCAUUGUAGUGGCAUGAGUGUGAUUUAACACUUCAGAAGUCACCAUUAAAGAGACAAGUAGAAACCGGCACCCAGCACAACCCAGAUCUUUUCUUACCUCUCCUUUCCUCAUUUAUUACUAAAGGAAUCUGGCGGAUAGUUUUACCUCUCUGUGCUACCAAAACAAGACAAAAACAAAAACUGCUUUUUAAUUCCCGUCAAUUGGAUGGAAUUGGAUCCAGGUCUUUCUGGCUUUAAAACAUUUGCUUUGGAAAUGUUUCUGGAAACAGAAAUGUCAUGGAGCUGCGUAUUAUUGAAGAAAUCUGGUGUCUGGGAUGAACUUAUGUUAAAGAGCUUCCUGUAAAACACGUGAGCAAACUGAGCCGAAAGGCACCGGCGCGUGUUGGAAGACCUGUGACCUGCAGCUAGCUGGGACUGUCACCUCUAGCAUUCACCUUCGUGUGUCUUCAGUGUCACGUCUUCAGCCCCUGCUUCUGGCCAGGGCACUCUGUUUGGUCUUAGAAUGGUCUUAGAAUGUUUGGAUAUAACUGAAUUGUAGAUGGUAAAAAUAAUUGGAUGUUGUAUUGUGUUUUUUGUUUUUAAAAAAUUAAAACGGGUCAAUUUUCCAAAC